AUGUCUUGCAUACUUCCUCGAGCAUCAUCUUCCCUCCGAUCUACGUUGAUCCCACCAUUCCGAUGUCUGUCCAGCACUACUGCUCGACUAGCUGAAACCAAGAGCAAAGUGCCAAUAACGUUGAUCGCUUCACUUCGUAAAGAACACCCUGUCCCCCUUGCUCAAGCUCGCGAAGCACUUGAAAAGAACAAUUUGGAUCUCAAAGCCGCAUUGGAAUAUCUACGAACGACCACAUCUGCCAACGCGGAAAAGAAAGCCGCUAAAGUUUCCGGAAGAGACACGAAUGAAGGUGUCAUUGCCAUUUCGUUAUUAGGUGGUAAAAGAGUUGGAAUGAUCCAUCUAGGUUGUGAAACCGAUUUCGUCGCUAGGAAUGAAGUUUUCUUAAAAACAGCAAGAGGUGUAGCGGAAACCACAGCUUUCUUGGACGUACCGACCGAAGGUGAACCACCACAUCCAUAUUCUAAUUCAAACACUAGUACAAAUACAAGCACAAAAUCAAAUUCAAAUACGAGUAAAAUAAUAAAUAUUUCAGAUCCGAUCUUAUCUUUUCCCACAGAGUCAUUACUCUCAGCACCACUGAUAUCAUUACCUUCAGAUAACAGCAAUUCACCUUCAUCUGUAAUAUCCACACCUGAACCUCAAACCAUUAAACAGAUUUUACUAUCAUCAUUAUCGCAAACUGGCGAAAACCUGAAAUUAUUAAGAGCGACAUCAUUCGCAGCUCCUUUCCCAUCAAAACCCGAAAUUCGUUUUAUACCUUCUGGAUACGCGCAUGGUGGUCCAACCGACAAAGAAGGUAAAGUAGGUGGUAUAAUCGUAUUAGCUGUUGAAUCGUUAGAUUCAGAAAAACCGAUAGCAAGUUUAAUCCAUGGUCCAGAUGGUGAUAAAUUAGAAUCUGAUUUGAAUGGUUUCGCAAGAACGAUCGCGAGACAAGUCGUUGGUUUCCCUACUAAAGUAAUCGAAAAAGGUGAUAGAGCAGUUGAGAAUGAUGAAGCUCUGUAUGAACAACCAUUUAUGAUGUUCCAAGGCGAUUCAAGGCCCGUCAAGGAGGUUUUAGAAGUUUGGGGUCAAGAGAAAGGUGUUAAAGUUAGAGUGGUAGGAAUGAGAAGAUGGGCUGUUGGAGAUGAUUUGGAUUUAGCAUCAACCGAAAAAGAAGCGGAGAAAGCAUUAUAA